CUUAACUGGAGCGAAAUGUCUGGUCGCGGCAAGGGCGGUAAGGGCCUGGGUAAGGGCGGCGCCAAGCGCCACCGUAAGGUUCUGCGCGACAACAUCCAGGGCAUCACCAAGCCCGCCAUCCGGCGGCUGGCCCGGCGCGGCGGCGUCAAGCGCAUCUCCGGCCUCAUCUACGAGGAGACCCGCGGGGUGCUCAAGGUGUUCCUGGAGAACGUGAUCCGCGACGCCGUCACCUACACGGAGCACGCCAAGCGCAAGACGGUCACGGCCAUGGACGUGGUCUACGCGCUCAAGCGCCAGGGCCGCACCCUCUACGGCUUCGGGGGACAUCUCCCCCGCAAUUACACCCGGGCUGACAUUUUUAAUUCCUCAAAAACCAAACAGCACAGCCCAAUCGCCGCCAUGAGUCAGAUCCGUCGUGCACUUCCGGAACCGGGCCUCCGUCUACUCCUGGGUCACCACGAUCCAAUCAGAGCGAUUCUGCUCCUGUAUAAAAGCAAGGCCGAGGGCGUACUUGGGUUUUUUUUUUUUGUCUUUUUUUUUUUUUACGGCUCAAGUAAGGCAAUGGCUCGCACGAAGCAGACAGCGCGCAAGUCGACCGGCGGCAAGGCCCCGCGCAAGCAGCUGGCCACCAAGGCGGCCCGCAAGAGCGCGCCGGCCACGGGCGGCGUGAAGAAGCCGCACCGCUACCGGCCCGGCACGGUGGCCCUGCGCGAGAUCCGGCGCUACCAGAAGUCCACCGAGCUGCUGAUCCGCAAGCUGCCGUUCCAGCGGCUGGUGCGCGAGAUCGCGCAGGACUUCAAGACCGACCUGCGCUUCCAGAGCUCGGCCGUCAUGGCGCUGCAGGAGGCGUGCGAGGCCUACCUGGUGGGGCUCUUCGAGGACACCAACCUGUGCGCCAUCCACGCCAAGCGCCUUAUCAUGUCUGGUCGCGGCAAAGGCGGGAAGGGCCUGGGCAAGGGAGGCGCCAAGCGCCACCGCAAGGUGCUGCGCGACAACAUCCAGGGCAUCACCAAGCCCGCCAUCCGGCGGCUGGCCCGGCGCGGCGGCGUCAAGCGCAUCUCCGGCCUCAUCUACGAGGAGACCCGCGGGGUGCUCAAGGUGUUCCUGGAGAACGUGAUCCGCGACGCCGUCACCUACACGGAGCACGCCAAGCGCAAGACGGUCACGGCCAUGGACGUGGUCUACGCGCUCAAGCGCCAGGGCCGCACCCUCUACGGCUUCGGGGGCUGAGCUUGGCUGCAGCUCCCGGGGCUGCAGCCUCGCCGCCUUCCCCAACAAAGGUCCUUCUCAGGACCACCCA